AUGUCUACCCUUCCAGCCGAAAUAAAAGAAGAGAUUCUCACUGCCCUGGUUGAAUCCUGUGGCGACGAAGACCCCGCAUACGUAUGGACCCAGUUACGCAACCUCUCCCACUUCCAACGGCGCCGCAUUGAGAACCGUUUCGAGAGCUUCUGGUUACCCAAGCUGUCAAUUACGGUAUACCACGGCGUAUGGUACUCAUUCGACUACGCUUAUGUUGGCCCCCAUGCGUCGUUGACUGAGGGUAUCGCUACCUACAAACAAGUUCCGGGCCGGGACGGUGCUUUCAGUAAAGAAACGGAAGAUCUUUUGAAGGCAUCAACGUACGAGAGACUGAAUGCCCCAAAUCCAGAAUUGAUUUUGCGCUUUGGCGAAGGGUUUGGAGAUACUGGUGAAUUGAGAGGUGGUUAUAUUAUCAAUGACAGCGAGCUUCCGGGAUUGGAAGCGAGCGAAGAUGGCCUUGUUCUUCGUUUUGAUUGGCGCGCGGCUCUAGACGCUCUCUUUCGAGAGGAAAUGCUGCUUCGGAAGUUUCGCGAUGAGAUGAUGGACGCUGCGAUGCGUGACUCUCGGCAGCUUCCCUCUGUUCGGGACGACCCACGAGCUCAAAAUAGGUACCUUAUCAAGUGCUUAUCGCUUGAGAUCCAAAUGGCGAGUCGUGCUGCGGUGCGACGCCAUAGACGCGCUCGCGCGGAUCUCAACGGGCCUUACGUGCCCAUGUUCAAGCUGGCGUCCCAGAGGCUUCAUUGCCAGAAGCCGGAUGAGCCAACUCCGGCAACGUUAGAAAAUCGAGUGUCUGACCCGGAUAUCUUUGAGAUUGUGCAGAGCGAAGAAAGUGUGGUUUUAUGUCUGCCGGAAUGGCGUGAGUUGAACAAUAAUGCCCUUUUAGAGCUCUACGCAGAGGAGUUUGGCUGGUCUUCUUGUAAGUGGCACGACCGAAGGGAUGACGUGGAUUAUCAGCAGGAACGAGCAAGUUUCUGGAAAUCUAAGGAUCAAAAUGAAGUCCUAGAUCUCAAUAGGCUGAGGAACCGGCGGCGGUACGAUCCUAUGGACUGA